AACAUACUACAGACUCCCGAAAUGAAAGAAACACAAAGAAGAAGAAGAGGAAGAAGAAGAGGAGGACGCCCCCUAGUGGCCGCUGCAGCCCGCUGGAGGAGAGGCUGAGUGGAUCCGGGGGGUUGGGCUGCCUGCUGCUCGGAAAACCUUCCGCCAGACAUUCAGCUGGACUCCGGCGGCGCAGCGUUGUCUCCCCGCAGCAUCAGCACCACCUCAGUCUCCAGCUUCUCCAUCAUCUCCUGCACCUCCUGCACCUCCUGCUUCCUCCUGCACCUCCUGCACCUCCUGCUUCCUCCCGCCCGCGCGUCCCUCCGCCUCUGUGAGGCAAACCGUGUCGCAGCGCAGAGGGGACGGACGCACAAGGACGAGCUGAGCAGCCGCCAGGGAAAUAAAAGGGAUAUAAAUAUAGGUGAGAAAUAAAAGGGCGGUGAAAAAAUGGUGAAACUUGGGAGUAAUCUUCAAGACAAAGGGGCCAAACCUGUGAGCGUGGAGGACGGCUUCCAGAACGUGCCCCUCAUCACCCCCCUGGACGUGGGAAACCUCCAGAGCCACCGCGCACCUGAGAAGGUGGUGGUGAAAACCCGGACGGAGUACCAGACGGAGAAGAAGAGGCUGAAGUUUCCCAAGAUGGAGGAGUUCACCAUCAGCUUCACUGACGGCGUGUCUGAGAGGCUGAAGGUGACGAUCCUCAUCAUCCUGGCUCUGGCCUUCCUCGCCUGCAUCGUGUUCCUGGUGGUGUAUAAAGCGUUCACCUACGACCACGCCUGCCCCGACGGGUUCAUCUACAAGCACAAGCGCUGCAUCCCGGCGUCUCUGGAGGCGUACUACGCCACGCAGGACGCCGCCUCCAGGGGGCGUUUCUACACGGUGAUCAGCCACUACAGCGUCGCCCAGCAGAGCCAAUCACACGCCGUCUCCCCCUGGCUGCCCGGGGGGGCGGCGGCCAAGCCCCCCCCGCCGCCCGCCGCCGCCGCCGGGGGCCACUGAGCCCACAGGGGGGUGGAGGGGAACAUGCAGGGAGGAACAAGGGCGUGCACACACACACACACACACACACACACACACACACACACAC